ACUUCAAUUUCAAUCAUGAAAUUCAUCAUUGUCUUCGUUGCUUUGUUCGCCUUGGCUUUGGCUGCUGAUCCCAGAGAUGCUGAAACUUUGCGCUACGAUGCCAAUGUUGAGCCCGAGAGAUACGAUUUCGCCGUAGAGACCAGCGAUGGCAAGACCUUCCAAGAACAAGGUCAAGUUGAGGAUCUCGGCACCGAUGAUGAAGCCAUCUCCGUUAAGGGAUCUUACUCCUAUGUGGGUGAUGAUGGCCAAACCUAUUCCGUCAACUAUGUUGCUGACAGAAAUGGAUUCCAACCUCAAGGCGCCCACAUCCCAGUUGCCUAA